GGGAUAAGAAAAUCCGCAAUCCGUAACUCGCCAGAUUGAUGGUCUCAACUCCAGUACUCAACCCGUUUUUGUGCCGACUGUGGUCAUAGUAGCUAUGGCCGGAACCUGACGCCAAAAGGAAAAGCCUGUUCCUUUCGAUAGCUCAAAUGGCGUCUCUGUCUUCCUGCUUCGCCAUAUCUCCCUCAAAGUCCCGACGUAUUUCGUCUUCUCCUCGUCAUCGUCUAAUCUUCACGAGCUAUUCCUUCGCCAGAGUCCCAACACCCCGACCGGCGGUGGCGCCUUUUCCUGGAGUUUCUUGCACAGUUCCGAACUUUCGGGCGUCGCGUCUCGUUGUGCGAUCCAGUAGCAUUGAUGUGACGACUCCAAUUAGGCCUGGUGCCGCCGUGGAGACUGACAAAUUACCGGCGGAUGUCAGGAACCGAACUAUGGACGCCGUUGAUGGGUGCGGAGGCAGGGUUACGUUGGGUGACGUGGCGAGCAGAGCUGGGCUUAAGUUAAAUGAAGCUCAGAAGGCUCUGCAGGCUCUCGCUGCUGAUACUGAUGGCUUUCUGGAGAUGGUUCCAAACAGGUUUCAGAUGAAGGAGACGUGCUUUAUGUUUUUCCAAAGGAUUAUCGCACAAAGCUUGCUGCCAAGUCGUUUAGAUUGAAAAUUGAACCACUGGUCGAGAAGACAAAGAGCACGGCUGAGUAUCUCAUCAGGGUGUCCUUUGGGACAGCUCUAGUUGCUUCAGUAGUAGUGGUUUAUACUACAAUAAUACUUCUUCUUUCGAGUAGAAGUGAUGACGACAGACGUGAAAGACGCAGCAGUAGAUCAUAUGGUUCAGGAUUCAAUAUUUACUUUAAUCCUAUAGAUUUAUUCAGGAUUUGGGAUCCAUAUUAUUACAGGAGGCGGAGACAACAAGUUGAUGUCAAUGAAAAUAUGAACUUCCUUGAAUCUAUCUUCUCAUUUGUAUUUGGUGAUGGCGAUCCAAAUCAAGGACUAGAAGAAGAGAGGUGGAAGUUGAUCGGGAAAUACAUUUCUUCUAAUGGUGGUGUUGUGACAGCUGAGGAACUUGCUCCUUAUCUGGAUUUACGAACUACUGACAUGUUUCAGAAUGAUGAAUCAUAUGUCUUACCCGUUCUCCUUAAGUUUGAUGGCCAACCAGAAAUUGAUGAAGAGGGCAAUAUCCUGUAUCGAUUUCCUUCACUUCAGCGAACAGCAUCUUCCCAAAGAAGCGGUAGGAAGGAGUACGUGGGAAAGAGUAAACGAUGGGCAGAUUGGGUUGGAGGAAUUCAGAACUAUCUCGAGGAAAAGAAAUUGGAAUUCAGUAAAACCAAUGCAUCGGAAAGAGCAUUGGUCAUCGGGUUGGGUGGGCUCAAUCUAUUUGGAGUUGUUGUUCUUGGGGCCAUGAUGAAGGAGAUGACUAUUAAUCAAGGUGGAUGGAUUCAAUUUGUUAGAUCCAUCUUUCCACUACUCCAGGUGUAUGCAGGUUCUUUCUUUGCAAUCCCUUUGGUUCGUUGGUUCCUUGUCUCCAAGAGCAAUGCUGAGAUAGAAAAGAGAAACAGAUUGAGGAAAGAAUUUGCCAAAGUGCUCGAACUGCCUGAUAUUUCAUUAAGACGAAAGAUUCUUAGUGCUCGGGAUAUGGCCCAGAAAACAGUGAUAGGACAGGAUCGCAUAGUCUACAGUACCGAAAGAGAUAUAAUCGAGCAGAACGUCGAGGCUGAAGAUUGGGAACGGAGGUUUAGAGAAAUUGAGAAUAAGCCAGAGUAGAAUGUUUGUGCCAAUUUCCUGGUGGUCGACUUUUUCAUUUGAUUUGAAUCAGGAAAUUCCACGACCUACAGUAACUUUUGUGUAUAUUCAACCUCCCAUUUGCGUGGGAAUAGACAAUAGUCAGGUGCUCAAUUAUUGUAAGUUUGUAACUAUUGGGCACAUUCCUUACAUAAGAAAGUUAAAACGCAAUUCAUGGUUAAUCUAUUCGACUUGAUAACUAUGAGAGG